UUCUAUCAUAAUAUCAUUCAUCUAAUUUUUUCAUUGUCUAAUUACAGUUUUAGGAUGUACAGAUGGUAUAGAUGCAGGAAAAUGGAGAUCAUUCACCCAGGGUACAUGUCAUAAUAUGCAUUCAUUUGCUUUGUUUUUUUACACACUGUCAUCGUGUGACUGAGUUAGUUCCUGGUAUGGGAGAUAAAAAUAGUUUUUCAUUGGUACGCAGUCUAAUUCUACAACAAUGGUGUGUCGCUCAGACAUGAAGUGCUCUGCCGUCAUUUUCCUGAUCUUCAGCACCUUCUGUGCAUGUUCAAAAAUUCCCCAUGAAAUUGUGUAUGUCGUGGGCUGCUUUGUGAAUGGGUCAGCUGAGGUACAAUUCGAAUAUGAUGGUGAAGAGAUGCUGUAUGUUGAUUUCCAACAAAAAGAGAUUGUGUACACUGUGCCUACAUUUCUUAAUCCUGAUCCAAGUCUAUUUUUCACUGGACUGAGUAUAAUUCGCGAUGCUGAGCAGAAUGGUAUGCUGUGCAAAGCAGCUACAGAAGUCGCUGCUACUAUGCUAAAGAACAUACCUGAUAAAGAAGAUCCCCCUGACAGCAUCCUCUACUCAUCUGAAGAAGUUGAACUGGGGGUUGAAAACAGUCUCAUCUGCUUUGUGAAUAAUUUCUUCCCUCCCUCCAUCAACGUGAUUUGGACCAAAAACGGUGAUGUGGUGUCAGAGGGGGUGUCACUCAGUCGAUAUUAUCCCAGUGACAGUCAGCCUCUGACCUUCCGUCAGUUCUCAACCCUGACAUUCACACCAAAGCAGGGUGACGUGUACAGCUGCACAGUGGAGCACCCUGCUCUGGAGAGGCCCAACACAAGGAUCUGGGAAGUCGACCUGGGACAUCCCAGCAUUGGUCUUGAUAUUUACUGUGGAGUGGGGCUGACUGUGGCCUUGUUGGGAGUCGCAACUGGAACAUUUCUAAUCACCAAGAGACGUUUUGGACACUAACAUCUUCAUCCACAUAGGUCAACUAUAAAGCAGACCUCCAAUACACAACAUAUAUUCAACUUUAUGUUAAAAACUGAAGUAAACUGGGAGUAAAAUUAUUUCAACAAAACUAUGUAUGUGUCUUAGGUUAGGUGCAAAAUUUAUGUGACAUUUGAAAUGUAUGCAUUUAGUUGGACAUAAACCUUUUUAUGGAUUUAUUGUUUUGAAAGUUAAUCGAGUGCACUUUAUGAGUUGUUGCAUCUUUGAUGUGGAAGUACAAAAUAUGAAUCUGUGUAAAACAAACUACAAAAAAACAGAAACAAAGAACAUUAAGGGAAAAUAUGAAGAGACAAUAUGUUGCCUGCUGGGACUGCCCUUCUCUGUAAAACUGCAUGUAUGUGUCACGUGAACCUGUAAAGUACAACAGCCUGCUUUAUAACUAGGAUAAUUAAUAAAUCAGUUAUGAGAUCUCCCAGUGCUGUGGUUGAUUCAUUGCUUAUAAAGAGAAGACUUUUGGGAAAGAGAAGGCAUCUUAAACAGCUCUUUUUGACUUCUGAGUACAGUACAUCUAAAUCCCACAGGAUCCUUAACCUCCUGAGACUUGGCUGUAAGUUUUUGUCUACUUUUGAGGACAAGAGUAU